CCGCCGCCUCCUCCAGCCCCAGCACCUGGCACAGCGUCCGGAAGUCCUCGCCCGGGAUCCGGCCGGCCCCGGCGCAGUCCAGGUGGUGGAAGAUCUCCUGCAGCCUUUGCGUCUGUUGUCUGACUGUACAUCAGGAUGGCAGAGCAAAAGCAGGAGAAUUCAGAGGCAGCGGAAGAAGGGGAGGCGGAGGAAGAUGGUAAAGCAGAGAUGACAAAUGUGAACACACUCUGCUCUGAAAGCACCUUGCAAACGGAACACCCCGAGAUGCUUGGAGGGGAUGGACCGCUGAUCCCAGAGAGGGAAAGCUGCAGGUUCCUCCAGUCUGAAGAGAGCUCAGGGAGGCUGGAUAGCUCCCAUACUGUGACCAGCACACUGACAGUCUCUCUAGCUCUCCCUGCCCCGCCUGCAGAGCAAAAGGAUAAGAAUGCCAAUCACCCUGAUACACGAGGAAAGAGACUGUCAUUAGGAGCUGUUCCAAGAAUGGAGUAUCGCUAUCAAAUUGAGUACUUCCUUCUACCAGAUGACCUCAUACCUAGAAAAGCGGACUUGGUGGUGUCUGGCGUGGUUGUAAAGCUGUUUAUAGACUCUGAUUCCAAGACUAUGACACUGUGGUUUGAAAACAACAAGAUGUGGAUAUCGUGGAACCUUAGUGUUGAUAUCAGUGUCACUAAUGAAUAUCUACUAAAACUAAGAGAUCACAAAAUAAUUUUGAAGAUCUGGGAUGCUAAGGAAAACGUGUCCUCAAAAGCAAGGCCUAGUAAGGCACAUAUUACUGCUACGAUAGAAGAGGAUGCAGAGGAAGUUGAUGAGGUAAAACACAGAGUGCUAUUGCAAAGAAAACUCUUUGAAGAGAGUCAGCCAGCACCCAGCUGUAUGAAAAUCAAAGCAGCAAAGGAGCCCAAGGUGCAGGAGUCGUCCAAGGUGCAGGAGGAGCCUUCAGCCCUUCCUGAUAAAGCAGGAGAAGCUGAUCUGAAUGGACUAGCAACAGCUGAUGAUGGGUCGCUACAUCCACCAAGGACAGAACGAGCAAGAAGUGUGGUAUUUGCAAAAACCCCACUUCUGGAUACGGCCCAACUUCUGAAGCAGAAAGCAGCUGCUGCUCCUCCACUUAAUUCAGCUUCAAAAGAAACUGAGAAAAGAAUUGAUAAUGUGAGAGGAGACAAAGCAGCCACCACGAAAGGUAGAAAAGCUUCUGUUGCUAAAAGAAGCAUUGAUGCUACUGUGGCAAAGAAGUACUGCAUUGCUUCCCUGCAGCUAGAUGCCAUGCCUCUCCUCUCAGGAGAAGAAUCAGUGAUAAGUCGCCUGGCAGAAAACACUCCUGAAAUUUUAGAUGCUUACGUGACUUUCACUGUGGAAACACCUCUUCUGUCUGAAAGACAAAAACAUGAAUUGAAUCCACUGAUUAUAAAGAUUAUUUCAGCUACCUGCCUCCCAAACAAACCUGUACCAAUAGAAGUGCUCCAGAGGUUGUGUGUCCCCACCUACUGCAAAUACAAAUUCCACAACUUCCCACCUCAUCGAACUCACGAACAAAUCCAUGGAACUCAUGUCUACUUUAAGGAUGUUAACGUACUUCUAACAGGGACAAUGAAACCUGGGGAAUUAGAGACAUACCUGAGAGGUCCACCUUUGGAGAUUGAAGUUCAUGACCGGGAUAGAAACAUGGAAACAAUCACAAAAAAGCCAGCUUUGUUUGGAGAGAAUGACGCUGAUGAAAAUGUGGGGAAGGUGAGCUUCCUUGCUUGCAAACCCACAGCUUAUAAUUAUAGGCUGAAGAAUGAAAUGUGGCAUCCACAUGGAGUAGCUAAAAUCGGUCUGACUGAUUUAUUGUUGGGUAAAAAGUACUUGAAUGUCAGUGCUCCCAUCCGUAACUGUUCAGUUCCAAAUACAGAUGCUUCCAGUGAGGAGGAUAAAAAUGGGAAAGUAACAGGAUCAGUGAGUAAUUCCUUCUCACUGCCUAUGGGAGAUUAUCUAGAAUCAGACUCAGUUUUGAAAGUAAGAGUGGAAAUAGCUGUGCCAUUGGGAACGCACGCAGAAAUUGCUGAUACUCAAGUCACAAGUUGCCCAUAUGGUUGUAUAAUCUACAUUUUUGACUACAAUAACUCAUCUUUAUUGCAUGAUUUGGUAGAAGAGAUUAAAGAAAUCAAUACUAAAGCCCUCCAGCUGGAUGACUGGCCUGUGCACUUAAUCGGAAUGGCUCUUGCUGCAUUAAAACUGAAAACCACACUUGAGAAAGUUUCCAAGUUGGAUAUUGUUACUGGUUUUCACUUACUGGAUGGAGCAACUCAUCUCUUUGUCUUGGAGGGAUUAAAAGACAAAGCCAUCAAGAAACUAUGGGACAGACACUUUGAAAGGACUUACAAACCUGAAGAUGGACGACUGGAAAUACUCUAUAACUCACAGCUGGCUUUCCCUCAACGCCUCUACACAGACCUGGAAGUUAUCUUUUAUCAUUUCCGCCUCUAUGAGCCCCUCUUCACUAUAGCAAAAGACUCUCUGCUGUAUGUCCGAGGUGUGGUUCCUCAGGCAUGUUUCCAAGCCCUGUCCAGGCUCAGUUCCCUCUGUCGCAGUAAGAGGUUGAGGGAUGUAAUCCAUGGGGAUCUGCUGCCUUCAGCAGAGAUGAUCACAGCCUUGAGUCUUGAGUAUGGAGUUCCCCUAACUGAUGAGGAUCUCUUCACUCAGACACCUCCUUUACCCACAUUUCCCCCUGAUGAUUAUACAGUACCAGGAAAGGUUAGCAGAGUGAAACAGGCAGUAACUUCUUCAGUAGAUAACUACAAUGAAGCCUAUAUACAGUGGAAGAAAGAAAUAGCAGACAAAAUGUCUUUUGAGAAAAACUAUAUUGAGGCUAACAUUAAUGCUGUAUGGCAGCUCAAAGGAAAGAUGAAAAAGCCAAAGUUUGAAGCUUUCAUGAUCUCUCCUGUUGAUGGGAAAUCUGUCUUUAACUACAGCUGUCAGAGCCUGAAUUCUGCAGAACUUGCAAAGAAGCAUCUUCGCCAGGAAAUGGCAAAGGAACCGAAGAACAGAUUUACUUAUUGUCAAGACUAUCUGUCAGCUACAUUUGAGCCAGUGGAUGUGGUUGCUGCUUGUAAGGAAUUCUUUGCAAAAUCCAAGAGUAUGUGGCAGUCACCAGAUGGAUUUGUAUUCCCUGGAUAUAAGAGCAGCAUUGAAAGCAACCUGCACCCCCAGAUGCCCCAUGAGGCACGUCAGGAGGAGUUAAGAGAGAAAUGGCAAGAGAAUGUCCUGCAUGCUAACAUGGAGCCAGUGCUGCCACGAGACAGAUGGAGCUGGGACAAACGGCACAUUGAUUUUGAUCUUUACAAGAAGCCACCUGAGCUCAUCAUGACAACAGCCCCCCAGACUGCCUCUUGUUGGCCUUGUGAAGGUGCCACUCGGGUAUCAUUUGAUGAUGGCAAGCUGGACGCUCGCCGGCGCUCCACAGCAGCCGAGUCGGCCCCACGUGGGCCACGAGGCAGGUUACAGCUACAGAAGCUUCUGAACGCUCAGCCUCUGAAGCUGCCAUUCAGGAGGGUAGGACCAAUGUGGCAGGUAAAGGGUAACUGUGCCUGGGCUGACCCCAGCAGCAGCUGUCCCUCACUCUGUGGAAGGCAGAGAACGUGUGGCACUCUGCAUUUAGCACAGUGCUUUUGGAAUUAAAAAUGUAGGUUAAAUUGGUGUUGAUAGCACUGGUUAACGCAAUCUUACAAAGCUCUUAGAAAAACAACUCAGCCUGGGCACAAAAUGAUUUUUCUCCCCCAGUUCUUUGCUUUGAUGCUCAGAGAUGAUGGAGGAAGAGACAGAAUUUCUGUUCAAUUCAUCCCUUGCCUGUCCAUGUGCAGUAGGUGAGACAAGAACAAUUUUUGGGCAGCUGGCUUAGAAGCUCUAAAAGAAAUUGUCACGUCCCCUAAUGAAAUGGAGGGGUCGAGGCAUGUGUAUAGACUCGAUGCCAAAUGUCUCACCAUGUGUUCCCUUGAUUGCCAUGGUGCUCUACAGGUUUCCCAAGCCUUGUGCUCCAUCCUCUUGGUGCAAAACUCCCCAAGGACACCCCAGUUUGCAAGACUAAAGGAUCUGUGCUCAUCAAUGUGAAGAGCUGCAUGGGUGGCCUGCCCCGGCUGCUCUUUUGUUGGCUGAACCUCAGUGCUUGCAUCUAAAUGACUGACCCAGCCCCUGAGCAUGCUUUUAAAGCUGACUUUGAUCAAAGGGGCUGAAGGUUGCUGUUGGCUACAAAUGCUCUAGAAAAACAAACCCAGGAGUUAGGAGACUGUUGGUAACAAAAGCAGAGUUAAACCUCUGAGGCCAAGUUACUGCCACCCCACUUUUUUGUUCUUUCUUCUGUUUUCCAUAUUCUGAGUGCCAGUCCUUGUCUGAAGAGGGUUCUCAGCAGCGAGCUGCCUGCACACCUCAAAGCCUGACACUGUCAGGCUUUGACCUGCCUGUCCCUUUGUGCGCGCUGGGCUUGGCCUUCUGCUUUGGUUUGGCUGUUCAAUCGAUGAGACUUGUCCAUCUUGGACUCUUUGCCUGUUUGCUCUAAUUUCCAUACAUAGCCCUUUUUGCUAGAUUGCAUGUAAAUGCUCUUAUUAGUUUAUCAGAUAACUUACAUCUUGCACUUCAUGGUGUUCUAAUUGUGGCAAUCAGACUUGACUGUGUCCUAUCCCAAGUGUUUUGGAUGCAUUUUGAAGCCUUCCAGCCAGAGCCCAGGGGAAUCAUUUGUUUCACCUCGCGCAAGUGGCUGCUCUUUUGCAAAGAUGAUCAUAGAAACAUAGAAUCAUGGAGUGGUUAGAGAUGGAAAGGGCCUUAAGA